AUGCCUGAGACUCGCUCCAGAGAGCCAUUGGUAUGGAUAGACUGCGAGAUGACGGGUUUGGAUUUGGACAAGGAUACGAUCAUGUCAUUAGCCUGCUUCAUCACAGACUACGAGCUCAACCUGCUGGACGAGACAGGCUACGAAGCGGUGAUCGAGCACUCUCGAGAGCAGAUGGAUGCGAUGGGUGACUGGUGUAGGGACCAUCACGGCGCCAGUGGGCUGACAAAAGCUUGUAUCGAGUCCACAACUACCGCCGACACAGCAGCAAUAUCUGCCAGACCGCAGACGCGGAUUGUUGGCAGGCAAUACAGUACAUGCGGACAAGGCUUUCUUGACACAGGAGCCUUGGACGAAAGUGAUGAAGCAUCUGCAUCAUCGAAUAUUAGAUGUCAGUGCUAUAAAGGAGGCCGCGAAGAGGUGGGCACCGAUUGA